UCAGGCAUUAGUUACCCAGCAACCAGACAAACCCAAACAAACAAACCACAAAAUGAUGAAGUUCAUGUGCAUUUUCAUCUGCGCCGUGGCUGCAGUUUCGGCCAGCGGCUAUGGAGGUCGCCGUGGAAGCUACGGCAGUGCACCAAUUGGCGCCUAUGCCUACCAGGUGCAGCCUGCCCUGACCGUCAAGGCGAUCAUACCCUCGUACGGCGGACAGCGCAGCGGCUAUGGCCACAACCAGGGAGGAUAUGGCGGUGGCUAUGAGGCGGCACCCAUUUCUUCGGCCUACAGCAAUGCCAACAUUGGCAGCCAGUACUCCGGAUCCGGCUAUGGCGGUGCUCCGCCCGUCGAUCGCGAGGCCAUUGCCCUGGCCAAGCUCGCCCUCGCCGCACCCAGUGCCGGAGGACCCCUUGUCUGGCGCGAGCCCGCACGUCGCGUGCAGCCCGCCUACGGGCCCAGCAACUAUGGUGCUCCCCAGCAGAGCUACGGACGCGGUGAUGAGGCCCAGGGCGCUUCGGCGGCAGCUGCCUCCAGCUCAGUGGCUGGCGUCGGCAAGAAGGGAUACCAGAAGUCAUCCUAUUAAGAGGCCAGAGGCACAACCACAGUGAAUCGUCGUUAAGGAAUCUAAGAAUAAAUGCAACGAAACAUCAAGACUUAAA